AUGGAUUACAAUGAUUAAAGCGUUGGAGUAUGCUAUUGUUGCAUGUUCUUUCGUUAUAAAUAGUUUAUUUAUUUGAUGAUGACAACCAAUGCCAUUUAAGGAUUACUUUUAAUGAUAAUAGGAAUUUUUGGUCUAUUAGAACAAAUUUAGAUACUUGCAUUUACAAAACCAAUAGCAUUGAUCUUUUUAUGCAUAGGUAAUGAAAACUUAAUAUAAAAAUAGGUAGUUUGGUGGUUUCUGGACUCAUAUUAUAAUUAAUAUUCUUUGUGAGACAUACAAUCUUAUACAUAGGGAAAAUAAUGGUAAUAGUAAAUGUUUUGACUUCUUUAUUUGACUUAAGUUCAGGGAUAAUUUUACUAUUGUCUUGCUUUAUGAAAUUAAAUUUUAUAGAAUUCAAUGAUAUACAGUAAUCGUUUAGCUCGACAUAAAGAACAAUUUUGUUAAUAAUCUCAAUAAUAAUAAUUGUUGUAUCUUUAUAUGGAUUUUGGAUGACAUAUCUUCAAUACUAGACUAUCGUACCAUUAUAAGAGUAACUGGAUAGAGAGACUAAAGUUGUGCCAGUAAUAUCUUUACGCCAAGCAGUAGCUAAAAAAUUUACAAAGAAUUUCAUUGGUGAACUUACUCCAAAUAAUAAUAAUAAUGUGAAAUUGAAUAGACCAACAAGAGGAGAUUCAACAUCAGAGUAAUCAUAGCCAUUAUAAAGAAUAUAUGUAUGAAAUCAUAAAUAACUUUACAGUAAAAAUAAUAAAAUUAGGAAGAAUAAUAUGAUACUUAUCCAAAUCAAAAAAGUGAUAAACUUAUAAAAGUAUCUGAUAAUUUGACUCCAUAUAAUGAAUAUUAUACUCCUUCUACAAAUACGAUAAGACAUCCUAAAUAAAUAGAUGAUUAACAGGUUUUAAGAAAAUAAAGGACUCCAAGAAAUACUUAUAAUAAAAAAUAAUAAGAAUGA